GCCCGACCCUACCGAAUGAAAAAUGAAAGCCACAAGCCGCCGGCUGCUUGGCUGCUGAACCCUCGUCAGAAUGGAAUAUUCUAUUAUUUAAAAAUAGAAAAAUCUAAUACUUCGACGACCGUGUCAAAAUUGGAUAAUUAUUCCAAACAAUCACCGCAACUCCGAGAAAUGGCGUCGGCUUGCAAAAUAUCAAUUCGUGGCUUAACAACUACGAGCGUUCUCCUCGGCAAAAAGAAUUUUAAAAAAUUUCUAUUGUACAAUAAGAGAGGCACGGUGGAUUUUAAAAAGCGUCAAGCCGUAAAUCCUGAUCCGGAUAUUCCAAUCGAUAAUCGUGGGGUCAAGAGCACCGGUUACACGGUAGAUGGAAAAUUCAUACCAAUACCCGAAAAAAUACCUCAACUGAUAGUUCCCGAUCUCAAGAAUUUUAAGCUCAAGCCGUAUGUCUCUUACAAAUCUACGGAUGUGACGCAGAGCAAAUUUACGGCGGAAGAUUUGUUCACCGCGAUAUACGCGGAUAAGAUAAGAAGAGAUUUUCAGAAUAACAAAUUGAAGGAGAACGGCGAGCCGAUCGAGCCGAACCAAUAUGAAAAGCUAACGUCGCAUGAAGCCAAAAUUCUUGCGGACAAAACUGGUACGGAUAUAUUUGCCAAGGAUGCAUAUGCUAUUAAAAACGGUAUUAGUGAGUAAAAAUAAGCCGUAUUUACGGAACACACAUAUUGUCAAAUUUCAACAUUUAUUUCGCUCGAUCGUUCUCAUGCAACAAACGUCCCCCCCCGCAGUUGUUUUUGAAACAAUACACAAAGAUACGCGCGGAAUAUUCGAGAGAGAAAUAAACAAAUAGCGAUUCGAUGAUGGUGAACGAGGAAAAAUUGCUUCGUUCCCGCUUCCUCGUUGUACGUACGACGCGUCUUAUUUAUUACAUAUUCUUCAUCCUCAACGCAUUCCCCCUCCGUAUACAUAAUAUAUAUAUGUAUCGCUAUGCGAAAUAUAUAGACAUAUGUAUAUAUAAAAUCUACCAUAAAUUUUUUUUAUUCCGAUUCUAAGCCAUUAUUAUAUAUUUUUGCUAAACCAAAUACUUGCUUUAAUAUUCUUCCAUCGAGCGCGGGUUACAAUUUUCGUCGCACAUUAUUUUAUUAUUUUAUUUCAUUCAUGUCGCACACUUAUUCUCAUCGCCUUUGUCCCAGCAAGCUUCAAAGUUCAUCCAACUUUUUCUACCACAUUAUUGCUGCUUGUCGAAUCUUCCAUCUUUGUUUUGUCUCCUCCUUCUUCUUCUCCUUCGCCUUCUUUCCUUUUAUAUAUUUACUUUUUUUAAUUUAAAUAUAAAAAAUUCAUUGUCGCGAAUGAACAAUCGGCUGCUGUACACUCGGAAGAUAUGAAAUUGUCGAUAACAAAUGAAUUUAAACGAUAAAAUAUAGAAUUUUAAUUCUUUGCUCAAAUUGAAUAAUCAUUAUUAGGUACUUACUUGUACGCUCGAAACGAUUGUUCGCUUUGUUAACAACAACGCUCGCGAUUCAGCGAGAGAUGCUGUUUCUACAUCCUGGUCAUAUCUCAAUAAAUAACAAUAAAGAACGGUUUUUUUUUAAAUAAGAGCGAUGUAACGUAAACAGCGAUUCUCUAAAUGCGCUCUAAAUCAUUGGAAAGUUUAUAAGAUUUUUCAAAUUGAGCUCUCGCGCCGCUGGUUGCGCCGCAAGACGGCCGCGUCGCAUUCUCACAUACUCUGAUAUGAUGAACUUGCAAAUUUUUUUCACUUUCCUCCUGAUUGUUGUCCCAUUUUUUAUACAAGUCUUUGUCUUAAUUAUCAUUUUUAUAGUAAAUAAUAAGAUCCCACAGAAAUAUAUUUGCAUCUAUUGACUUUUGGAAAUGGAAUUUCCAUCCUUAUAACGAACACCUUCAUAUUUUUUGUGCGUUCGUUUAUGCGUCACUCGAUGAUUGCUUAUUUUUAGAGAAUCUUGCUCCUCGAAUACUCAUUCGAAACGUAUUAUUUUCCAUUUGAGCCAAGUUUCAUUAAUUUCUCCUUUCUUCUCCUUCGUCCUAGAUCAAACAGUUUUAUUUUACGUAGAAAUUGAUGGCUCGUUUAUUCGUUAUGAAAUGUUUGUUCCUCAAAUUAUCGAUCGACAAAAAACAACAAGUUUCCGUUGCGUACGCUUUGUACCCUUCUUUUACUCAUAAUAAAAGGAUCCGAUUCAAUAUUAUGUUAUUUAUUUAUAUAUUCUAACUGUCCGGCGGUAUAGCGAUCGUUGGCGCAAAGGUCAACUUUUCAAAAAUCACAUUCGUAUGUCCCUUCAAAAAACAAACAAAAAAACGUAAUUUGUGCUUGUUUUUCUGCUUUUGGGUUAUUUACAACAACAAUGAUUCAUAUGUAUGACGAGAGGCACACUGUACUCAACACUCACAAUUUCAAUUGCUACUAUGCACAAAAAAUUUCCACAUCUACACGCUGUCGUUAUUUUGAGCUAUCUCGAUUGAACUUUAUCGAUAAACUAAUUAUUUUCGUACGAUAUACAUUUCUCUAAAUUCUCCUUUACUCAUUAUUAUCAUCAUCAUCUUUUUCUAUAUUUAAAGAGAAAAAAAAACAUAUCCCUCCUGGAUCGUCUCUUCGCGAUGCAUCAAUCUAUUUUCUUUUCGCGGUGUUUGAGCAUGGAUACCUUUUUUGUAUUGAAUAAUAUAGUUGGCAGUACAAUACGACUUGUUCAAUGGAUUUGUAUUUCGUGAAAUAAAUAUAUGCUCUGGC